AUGGGAGGCCUUUCUGGAAACAGGACGUUUGAGGAGAGGCUUGAAUGUAAUGAAGCGGUGAAUGACACUGGGGAAGGGGUCUUUGAGGAAAUCAAUGAGGAAAGAGCAUGUUUAGAGAAGAAUAAUGCUGGAUCUGGUGUGGAAGAAGUGGAGUUAAGCUGGGAAGAUUACCUAGAAGAGACAGGGUCCGCUGCAGUACCCUAUGGAUCUUUUAAACAUGUGGACACACGCUUGCAAAAUGGCUUUGCUCCUGGGAUGAAGCUGGAGGUGGCUGUGAAAACAGACCCUGAAACCUACUGGGUUGCCACCAUCAUCACCACCUGUGAGCAGUUGCUGCUGCUCCGCUACGAUGGCUAUGGCGAGGACCGGAGGGCGGACUUCUGGUGUGACAUCAGGAAGGCCGGCCUCUACCCCAUUGGGUGGUGUAAGCAGAACAAGAAGACCCUUGAAGCCCCGGAAGGCAUCAGAGACAAAGUGUCUGAUUGGGAUGAGUUUCUGCGGCAGACCCUGGUGGGAGCGUGUAGCCCUCCUGUUCCCCUGCUAGAGGGCCUCCGUAAUGGGAGGAACCCUUUAGAUCUCAUUGCCCCGGGUUCCAGGCUAGAGUGUCAAGCUUUCCGGGACUUGUUGAGCACUUGGAUCGUUACGGUAGUAGAGAACAUCGGAGGAAGGCUGAAGCUGCGCUAUGAAGGACUGGAAAGUUCUGACAGUUUUGACUUUUGGUUGUAUUACUUGGAUCCAUUUCUUCAUCACGUUGGUUGGGCUGCUCAACAGGGAUAUGAGCUUCAGCCCCCAUUAGCCAUCCAGCAUCUAAAGAAUGAAGCUGAGUGGCAGGAGAUCCUGGCCAAAGUGAAAGAGGAGGAGGAAGAGCCAUUGCCAUCGUACUUAUUUAAGGACAAACAAGUGAUUAGCACUCAUUCAUUCUCUGUAAAUAUGAAAUUGGAAGCUGUGGACCCCUGGUCUCCUUUUGCGAUCUCUCCUGCUACGGUUGUUAAGGUUUUUGAUGAGAAGUACUUCCUGGUAGAAAUGGAUGAUUUGCGACCAGAGAAUCACGCACGGCGAUGUUUUGUGUGUCAUGCUGACAGUCCCGGUCUUUUCCCCGUGCAGUGGAGUCUGAAGAAUGGUUUACACAUCAGCCCCCCUCCCGGCUACCCGGGCCAGGACUUUGAUUGGGCUGACUACCUCAAACAGUGUGGUGCCGAAGCUGCUCCCCAGAGGUGCUUCCCCCCGGUGAGAACCCUGGUCCCCUUGCUGCCACGCUCCGGGUCCGCUGGGGACUGCUGUUCUCAGAAGCCCAUACCUGAAUGUAUUGUGAGUGUGGAAUCCAUGGAUAUAUUUCCUUUGGGCUGGUGUGAAACCAAUGGCCAUCCCCUCAGUGCCCCUCGCCGAGCACGAGUCCAGAAACAGAGGAAAAUUGCAGUGGUUCAACCAGAAAAACAAAUACCAUCCUCCAGGACUGUCCAUGAGGGCCUGAAGAAUCAGGAGCUGAACUCCACAGACUCAGUUAUGAUCAAUGGAAAAUACUGCUGUCCAAAGAUAUACUUCAACCACCGUUGCUUCUCAGGGCCAUAUCUGAACAAAGGAAGAAUCGCUGAGCUGCCUCAAUGUGUAGGACCUGGGAACUGUGUUCUAGUCCUCAGAGAGGUCCUCACUUUACUUAUCAAUGCAGCCUAUAAACCCAGUCGUGUCCUUCGGGAGCUGCAGCUAGACAAAGACUCUGUGUGGCAUGGAUGUGGGGAGGUCCUAAAAGCCAAAUACAAAGGAAAGAGUUACCGGGCUACUGUUGAGGUAGUGAAGACAGCGGACCGGGUGACCGAGUUCUGCCGGCAAACCUGCAUCAAACUGGAGUGCUGUCCUAAUCUCUUCGGCCCACGGAUGGUUCUGGACAAGUGUUCUGAGAACUGCUCUGUGCUUACAAAGACCAAAUAUACACACUAUUAUGGAAAGAAGAAAAAUAAAAGAAUCGGAAGGCCACCUGGUGGGCAUAGUAACUUAGCGUGUGCCCUGAAAAAAGCCAGUAAGAGAAGGAAGAGACGGAAAAAUGUUUUUGUCCAUAAGAAGAAACGCUCCUCUGCAUCUGUUGAUAACACCCCAGCAGGCUCGCCCCAGGGAAGUGGAGGUGAAGAUGAGGAUGAUCCAGACGAAGGCGAUGAUGAUUCCCUAAGUGAGGGCAGUACAUCUGAGCAACAGGACGAGCUACAGGAAGAGUCAGAAACGUCUGAAAAAAAGUCAUGCUCUUCCUCUCCCACCCAAAGUGAGAUAUCUACAUCGCUGCCUCCAGACAGACAACGGAGAAAAAGGGAGCUUCGCACUUUUUCAUUUUCUGAUGAUGAGAAUAAACCUCCUUCACCAAAGCAAGGCUAUGGGAGCACCACCGGCAAGGCUCUGAAAGGGAGAGCGAAGUGGGGUACGCAGAACUUCUAUAGGAGUGAUCGCUGUGCCUUGCUCCCUCAAGGGAGGGCGUGA